GGAGGGAGGCUGCCGGUACUGAGGAAAGACGUACGUCUGCUUUACUAAAGCUCGGAGGAUUUCUAACAGGGGGACUUUCUAACCAAUGACAGCGGACACUUGGAUAUAAAGAGGAAACUUUUUAGGUAGAGUUUGUGACUACAGUGGCUUGAAGUCGAAAGUGGUUUCAUACGGUACCGGAGUUUUGAGGGGAACAUUUUGCGGAGAGUUAAAGAGAGGGAGGUUUGGGAUGCUGGUUCCCAGCGCGCUCCGCUCCUUGCUGUGCGUACUGAGCUGCGCGUGGCUGCACACUGGAGCGGCCUCGCGGCUCAAGUCUCCCGCUCUGCCCAUCCAGUCAGAGAGAGAGCCGGUGCCCUCCAAAGGCUUGGCAGGAUGUUCGUUCGGAGGCCGGUUCUACUCUCUGGAAGACACAUGGCACCCAGAUCUCGGAGAGCCGUUUGGUGUCAUGCACUGUGUUCAGUGUCACUGCGAGCCUCAAAAGACCCGUCGUGGUAAGGUGUUUGGGAAAGUAAACUGUAAGAACAUCAAGCAGGACUGUCCAGACCUGGACUGUGAUGACCCCAUCCUGCUUUCUGGGCACUGCUGCAAAACGUGCCCUAAAGGUGACGAUGACAAAAAGCACACAGACCCUGUGCUGGACAGCUUUGAGUAUUUCCAUGAGAAAGGGAAAGAGAAGGAGGGUGACCUCCACAAAUCCUACAAUGACAGAUCCUACCUGAGCUCCGAGGAGACGAGCCUUGGGGAGAGCCGCACUGAUUUUGUAGCAGUGUUGACAGGAGUCACAGACUCAUGGCUGCCCAGCUCCAGUGGUGUUGCCAGAGCUCGAUUUUCUCUGACAAGAAGUAGCCUGACCUUUUCCAUCACGUUCCAGAGAAUGGGUCGCCCCAAUAAAAUCAUCUUCCUGGACACAGACGGCACCACUGCUUUUGAAUACAGAGUCCCGAAGGGAGACUCUGACAUGAUCUGUGGCGUAUGGAAGAACCUGGCGAAGCCUCAUCUGCGACAGCUGCAGUCUGAGCAGAUGCGCAUCAGUAUGAGCACAUCAACCAGCAGACGAGAAGAAGUGGAGGGAAAGAUCAUCAAACACAGGGCUCUGUUUGCUGAAACGUUUAGUUCGACGCUGACGUCUGAGGAGGAGAACUCGGGCAUGGGAGGCAUCGCCAUGUUGACACUGAGUGACACAGAAAACAACCUCCACUUCAUCCUCAUCCUUCAGGGCCUCAUCAGACACAAAGAGAAAGAGCCUAUUGUGGUGCCUAUCCGAGUCCAGCUGGUCUACCGGCAACACAUCCUGAGAGAGAUCCGAGCCAACGUCACCUCACACGAUCCAGACUUCGCUGAGGUGCUGACAGACCUGAAUAGCCGUGAACUGUUUUGGCUAUCUCGUGGCCAGCUGGAGAUCACUGUGGCAACAGAGGGUCAAGAACCCCGGCAAAUCUCUGGCUUCAUCAGCGGCAGGAAAACUUGUGACACUAUACAGAGCGUGAUGUCCAGUGGUGAUGCCUUGACCCCGGGAAAGACAGGAGGAGUGGGGUCAGCAGUCUUCAACCUCCAUGAUAACGGCACGCUCGACUACCAGGUUCAAGUUGCAGGUCUCACCAGCGAAUUUCUUGGUCUCACCAUCGAGCUGAAGCCACGGCGGCGAAACAAGCGCUCUGUGCUGUACGACUUGACGCCAGAGUACGACAAAGCUACAGGGCGGGCACAGGGCAGCUGGAGCCGUCUUGAGGCCCGACACAUCCACAUGCUGCUGCAGAACGAAUUGUUCAUAAACGUGGCCACAGCUCACAGCCAGGACGGGGAGCUGAGGGGGCAGAUUAAAGCCAUGCUAUACAGCGGUCUGGAGACACCCAGGCAUGAGCUUCCCACUCCCCUCGCGGGACACUUUGUUGCUCCACCAGUGAGGACGGGUGCCUCUGGCCACGCCUGGGUUUCAGUGGACAAACAGUGUCACCUGCAUUAUGAGAUCGUUGUGGCAGGGCUCAGCAAGGCUGAUGACCUUACAGUGAACGCUCACCUUCAUGGACUAGCAGAGAUUGGAGAAAUAGAUGACAGCAGUACCACGCACAAGAGGCUUCUGACCGGCUUCUAUGGCUCACAGGCUCAGGGAGUUUUAAAGGAUAUGAGUGUUGAAUUACUGCAACACCUAAAUCAGGGAACAGCCUUCAUCCAAGUCAGCACCAAGAUGAACCCAAGAGGAGAGAUACGAGGACAGGUCCAUGUGCCAAACAACUGUGAGUUUGGGACCAGGGGGGACGCAGAGGAGGCUGAGUUUGAUGACCUCUUUGUGACGGAUCCUGAGGAGCUGAAGAAAGAUCCCCAUACCUGCUUCUUUGAGAACCAGCACCAUGCUCACGGCUCCCGCUGGACCCCAAACUAUGACAAGUGCUUCUCCUGCAGCUGCCAGAAGCGAACUGUGAUCUGUGAUCCGGUCAUCUGUCCUGUGUUGACCUGCUCCAGAACCAUUCAGCCUGAGGACAAGUGUUGCCCCGUCUGUGAUGAUAGGAAAGAGCCCAAGGACAUGAAAUCUGUAGAGAGAGUCGAAGAACAUCCUGAGGGUUGUUACUUUGAAGGAGACCAGAAGAUGCACGCCCCGGGAACCACGUGGCAUCCUUUUGUACCUCCAUUUGGCUACAUUAAAUGUGCCGUCUGCACUUGCAAGGGGUCUUCAGGGGAGGUUCACUGCGAGAAAGUGACAUGUCCGGUGUUGACCUGCAGUCAUCCGGUCAGGCGUAAUCCCUCUGACUGCUGUAAGGAGUGUCCGGAGGAGGAAAGGACUCCUGCAGGCUUGGAGCACAGCGACAUGAUGCAGGCAGACGGCCCAAGGCACUGCAAAUUUGGCAAAAAUUAUUACCAGAACAGUGAUAACUGGCACCCCUGGGUACCGCUGGUCGGGGAGAUGAAAUGUAUCAACUGCUGGUGUGAUCACGGUGUGACUAAAUGUCAGAGGAAGCAAUGUCCGGCUCUGACCUGCACCAACAUCACCCGCAGAGAGGGAGCCUGCUGUUCUGAAUGUGUUGAUUCAAGAGAGAGAGAUGACCUGGUCAUGAAAGCUCCAGACAAAAGACAAACCAUGAGACACUGAUCUUUGGGGACUGACAGUAAAAACACCAAAACUCUCUUCUACCCUUUAAGCUCUGCCUCUCCUCAAUGGACCCUAACCCAGAGCUGCACACUGGGUCUCCCCUCUCACCAAUCCCUCCCACUUGAGUCGAACCCACCCUGUUAUCAGCUUCAGGAUUGUAAUGAACAGAGAAAAGAGGAAUUAUAAAAGGAUAAUUUCUUAAAGACUUGUUAAAUGAAGCAAUGAAGCUAUGAAGAGGACCAACCAGACUUCUCAAACUUGCUGCUUUCUUGCUCUUGUCUUCCAUUUUUUUGUUUUGUUGGAAUUUCUUUUUUUUUCUUGUUAAAUAAAUGCUCAAGAGGACAAAAGAUGUAAAGAUAGAAAUAAAUAACUCAGUGGGAUUUUUUUGCUUUAAGUCCAGAUUGUCAGAGAUGUGUUUCAGUGACAGGGCUUCUUUUUGAAGUACAGCCAUAGUUACUCCAGCUUCACUACUCUUGAUGAAAGAGAGGAAAGUGUUACUUUAAUUUGUAUGAAUGUGAAUGAGAAAUUUUUUACCCUUAAAGGAUGCAACAAGUACAGUGGAGGGACAAGCAGAAUGUAGAGAUCCCUCUGUCAGAGAGGACAUGUGUGCAGAGUUUGAAGAAAAGUGACCCAGAUGAUGGAUGGACCGGGAAACAUAAUGCCUCUGGCACCUCCUUGGUGGGAAUUCAGGGUUAGAAACUGUAAGGAAAGCAAUGAAAAUCCAGAAAAGGUGUCAUUCCUCCUCUCUUUUUGCAGUUCAACUUUAAUGUGAUGUAAUAUUUUAUUUCCAGGCGCUUUCAUUCAAAGAAAAGCUGAAAACAUCUCCAACAGUUGUAAUGUUAGCUCACUACUUAAACACGCUUUUCCUCAGAGUUCUGUUCAUCUCAUUGCUUCGCUGCCUCGGUUGUUUCUAUUUCUGUCUCAAAUAAGUAAUAUUUUAUGGAUUUUCCUAUCGUUGUUGUUUAUGAAGCUGGUUUGUAUUUUGUAUUUAUUGA